GCCAAACAGAAGAGAAGAAAGAUGGUCCUGAGUAAGUAGAAAGCUGGUUGGCUAAUCCCGAUAAUUAAAACAAUUUGUCACCAAUGCACGAAAGCAAUAUGGCUAGCGAGUCGUUAUGAGACAAAAUGAAAUAACGUUACGGUGCUGUCUUAUUUUGUGUUUUUCAAAUAGCUUGUUAACUUGUGAUACAGGCAACCGAGUAAACUAGCUAGCUAGAUAGGUAGCCUAGCUAGCAUCAACGUGUCACUUGUUGCUAUUUUUGCCUACUACCGUAGCUAUAACAUUUGCUACACCCUUUUUCCAUAAUCUACAGUCACAGAAGACAUGGUCCGACGUCGGGCAGAGCAUAACAACUGCGAGAUCCUUUCCUUAGAGGAGGUGUCUUUGCAUCAACAAGAUAUUGAGAAAAUAGAACACAUUGAUAAAUGGUGCAGGGACCUCAAAAUUCUGUAUCUUCAAAACAAUCUCAUUCCCAGAAUAGGUGAUUCAAAUUUCUUUCCCCUUCCUCUUUUUUAUAUAAUUGCAAUUCAAUUAUAUAUUUCAAAAUCUAACUACCCUAUCUAUAUUUUAUGUAUAUUUCAUUGGCCAUCAAUGCAAUUUCAAUAUUUUGAAAUAUGAAUUAAUUUGCUCUCCAUAGAAAAUGUAUAUAGACUGAAAAAGUUGGAGUAUCUAAACCUUGCUUUGAACAACGUUGAACUGAUUGAAAACCUGGAAGGUUAGUAUUUUGUGCACAUAGCCACUUCUACUAUUUUACAACCUUGUCCUAUCUGUUUGUGUUAAUGUAGGCUAAGGAAAUGACCAAAAGUCUCUGUUUUGUAAUAGCAUUUCUCCUCCUGUGCUUUGACUCUAAAAAUAGCAAUUCCAUUGUGGCUUUAGAGAAUCAAAUAGGCCAAAUAGAUCUCUUCUUGCCUCCUCAUCCGUUACAACAGGAUGUGAGAGUCUCCAGAAGCUGGACUUGACAGUGAACUUUGUGGGCCGGUUGAGCAGUGUGGAGUCAUUGAAGCACAACCUCCAUCUCCGAGAGCUUUUCCUGGUGGGGAACCCCUGCACUGAGUUUGAGGGCUACAGGCAAUACGUUGUGGCUUCACUGCCCCAACUGAAGGUAUCAGGAGGGAUAGAGAACAGAAGUUUCAAGUUUUAAUGUCACAUGCACAAGUACAGUGAAAUUAAGAUCAUAUGUUCAAAUCUCACUGACGCUGUGCCACAAUAAAAAAGAAAUGUGUCUUAUCAUUUUCAUGUGUCUUAUCUGUGCUUGGAGUUCCAAACAAUUAACCCAAACUAAGCUAGCAGUGUUAUUAAAACUUUUAAUGAAAAGUGUUCUCAGAACUUUAUUUAAUUACCUUCAAAUAACCUAUAAUUGCCAUUCUCAGAACCUCUCAGGAAAACUUUCAGGGAACCAUAGUAAAAUGUCCUCAGAACCUCCCAACAACCUAAAAAAGAACGUUCCCAGAACAGGCAAAAUGUUCACUUCCUUUCUCUAAAAACAUUCAGUUUUAUGCAGUUCUUGCACUUGCUACCAUACCCCGUUCAAAGGCACUUAAAUAUUUUGUCUUGCCCAUUCACCCUCUGAAUGGCACACAUACACAAUCCAUGUCUCCGUUGUCGCAAGGCUUAAAAAUCCUUAUUUAACAAAAUCCUUAUUUAACCUGUUUCUUCCCCUUCAUCUUCACUGAUUUGAAGUGGAUUUAACAAGUGACAUCAUAGUAUCCCUGCACAUUGUAAAUAUGGUACUGGAACUGACCCUGUAUAUAGUAUGCUUACUUACUUUAUUUAUCCUGUUCAUCUUCUUAUUUUUAUAUCUUGUGUGUUUUUGUUCUACCUUGUUAGUUUUAGUAUUAUGUUGUUAUUGAUUACUGUAUUGUUGGGGUUAGCACUUGCAAGAAAGGCAUUUCACUGUACUUGUGCAUGUGACAUUGAAACUUGAAACCUGGAUUCAUCUGGUAAGUCUGUCAUGGAAAAAGCAGGUGUCCUUAAUGUUUUGUACACUCAGUGUAUGCCAUUUAACAGAUACUUUUAUCCAAAGCGACUCACAGUAGUGUGUGCAUACAUUUUCCUAAAAGAUAUACGCGCACACACACUCAAAAUCACUAGUGUAGCAUGCACUUGCUCGCCUGAAGAUAGCCUAGCGUGGUAGGGGAAAUAAUGUUUUAUUUUUUGCAGUAUCUGGAUGGGAAAGAGAUUGGCAGGUCGGAGAGGAUCCGGGCCGGACAAGGCCUAGAUGAGGUGAGGAGGCGGAUUAGGCAGCAGGAGCAGGAUUACCUGAGGAAGAGAGUGAGUGAGAAAGAGGAGGCCAAGAGAGAGGGAGGAGAGGCGCAGCGGGGGCCGAAAAAGGAAAGCAGCUCCUCUGCUAAAGAGAAGAAGCCUGGCUUUGAUGGUCGCUGGUACACUGACAUCAACAACACCAUGUAUGUUCACGCUUUCCACCUUGAUUUUAUUUUAUGUAGAACUGCAAGGAUAACUGGUGCAUCUGUGGAGUAACCCUAAUCCUAACCUCAUCUGCGGUUCUCGAAUUCAGUUGGCCCGAUACAGUAUUUCAGUUCACUGUCAAUCACUCCGUUUAUUUCAGUGUUUUUAAUAACUCUGAAGAGUUCUGUUUAUUGAUCUUUAGCCCUGUGCCUGAAGAAAACAAGGAGAUCCAAGGGAGAGAGGAGAAAGAGAAGACAAGCUGCCUUUCUUCAGAAGACCAGGAAAGGGAGUUUUGGGAGAAACCU